AGCUGUGUGUUCAGAGGCACCUGUGCAUGAGAAGUUUGUUCUAUGGCCUCAGAGCUGGGUGCUAGGGAGGAUGACAGCUGCUCAGAGCUGGCAAAACCUCUUUAUCUGCAGUAUCUGGAGAAAGCUCUGCAACUGGAUCAGUUUUUACGACAGACGUCUGCCAUCUUUAACAGGAGUAUAUCCAGCGAUGAAAGUGAAGAUGGAUUGGAUGACAAUCCUUUACUGCCUCAGUCUGGGGAUCCCCUGAUGCAAGUUAAGGAAGAACCUCCAAACUCUUUGCUUGGGGAGUCUUCUGGAGCAGGGAAUUCUGGGAUGCUGAAUGCGCGUUCCCUGAAUGGAGUACUGCAGCCAGAACCAAAGUCUGAAAAAGGGAGCUUGUAUAACUUUUCCAAACUGAAGAAAAGCAGAAAGUGGCUGAAGAGUAUCCUUCUGAGUGAUGAUUCCAGUGACACAGAUUCACCAAGUGAUGAGGACAGAGAGGAGGAAGAAUUUUCUCUUUCAAGGGAGGAACUUCAUAAUAUGCUGCGUUUACACAAAUAUAAGAAACUACAUCAAAGUAAAUAUAGCAAAGACAAAGAGUUGCAGCAGUAUCAGUACUACAGCGCAGGACUGCUGUCUACGCAUGAUCCUUACUACGAGCAGCAGCGCCACGUGCUAGGGCCCAAGAAAAGGAAGUUUAAAGAAGAGAAAAAAUUAAAAGGCAAGUUGAAAAAAGUGAAGAAAAAGAGGAGACGGGAGGAAGAGCUGUCUUCAGAGGAGUCACCACGACGCCACCAUCACCAGACCAAAGUUUUUGCCAAGUUUUCUCAUGAUACACCACCACCUGGGUCCAAGAAAAAGCAUUUGAGUAUUGAGCAACUUAAUGCACGUCGACGGAAAGUGUGGCUUAGCAUUGUUAAAAAGGAGUUGCCAAAGGAUGGUAUUCUUUUACAGGCGUACAAACAAAAAGCCUCAGCGCGCAACCUUUUCCUAACCAACAGCAAAAAG